AUGGCUUGUCCGUAUGGCUAUGGUGCCGCCGAGCCCACCACCACCUCAGUGAUCGAUGAGAGUAAAGUGCAGUUCGAGACGAGCGCUCACGAGGAAGAUCACGCAAAUGGACAGGAGGGUGUCAAUAAAGUUGAGCUCAAAAUGGGCGAAACAUACGGUGACUAUUUACAGCUUGGUAAACUUUUAUCUUGUCAACGAUUGCAAUCGACAGAGGGUGGUCACACAGUAAACGAUGAGCAUUUAUUCAUCGUUAUACAUCAGGCAUACGAACUUUGGUUUAAGCAGAUCAUCUUCGAUAUCGAUAUCGUGAGAGGAUUGCUGAACAAUUGUGUUGUUGAUGAAACAAAAACAUUGCGCAUUGUGUCGGGUUUGGAAAGAACGGUCAGAAUUUUGAAGCUAUUGGCUGAUCAGAUGCAUAUUCUUGAGACGAUGAGCCCGCUUGAUUUUGUUGAAUUCAGAAAAUUUCUGACUCCAGCUUCCGGUUUUCAAUCUUUGCAGUUUCGUCUUCUGGAAAAUAAACUAGGAGUGUUGCCCGAGCGUCGAAUUCGUUACAAUGCUCAACAUUAUAAGAAAGUUUUUGAGCACUCAGCGGAAUUGGAUGCUUUGGAAAAGAGUGAAACCGAGCCGUCACUACUCAGAUUGAUGGAGAGUUGGUUAGAACGAACUCCGGGUUUAAAAGGUCCCAAUGGAAAAGAGGAAGAGGGCUUCUGGUCUCAAUACGAGCAAGCUGUCAAUCGAUAUCUUGAUGAUCUCAAAAAGGAUGCUGAGAAUCCCGAGCAUCCAGAUCCGGUUCGUGAUCAAUUGAUCGCUGAGUACCACAAAACAUCGGACUCAUUCCGCUCGAUUCUCGACGUCGAAAAGCACAAUCAACAACGAAAAUACAUGGAUCGUGUUCUUUCACAUGAGGCGAUGAAAGGUGCAUUGAUGAUCUACUUCUAUCGUGAGAUGCCUCGUUUCUCUCAACCAUAUCAGAUUCUCACUUAUCUCAUGGACAUCGAUUCACUCUUCACAAAAUGGCGUUAUAAUCACGUGAUGCUGGUGCAACGAAUGCUGGGCAGUAAACAGGGCACUGGCGGCUCGUCGGGUUUUCUCUAUCUUCGUUCCACAGUCAGUGACAAGUACAAAGUAUUCCUCGAUUUGUUCAAUUUGAGCACGUGGCUCAUCCCCCGGCAAUAUAUCCCGCAACUAUCGCCUCGAAUGGUGAAAACUCUAUCAGAGCACUCAAAUCAUUUGAGUGGCGGAGGGUCGGCCACCGAAGGAUCGGAAGAUGAAGAGGCAUGCUCGAUCGUGAGGACU